CUUUUCUUUCUUGAACAAUACGUUAGCCGAGUGUGGAGUGUGUGAGUGUGUGCAUAUUAUACAACAGCCUUUGUAUACUUCACAUCCACUUCUCUUUCGACAACCCCUUUUCCGCUCGUUUCAUGUCAUCAUUAUAACUGCUUAUAUGCUACUCGGCUCUUUUGCGACGGCGCUGAUUCUAUCUGCAUCAUGUGCAGCGGCAGAGCGGUUGCUGCACGCUGCAGUCCUUGCACCCAACGGCACUAUUUAUAUUAUCGGCGGCACGCCUGUUACCAACACAACGAGCCUUACGGUAACGACCCUGCAGAUCGAUGCGCAUCAUGAAAUGAUCCAGUCACCGUUACCUCAGUCUCAACAACAACAACAACAGCAGCAGCAGCAGCAGCAUCUACUUCAGGGACAUACGGCGCAUUGGCAUCCUCUCAAAAACGAACCCAUGACGCUGUUUGGUAUGACUCAACAACACAAAGAAAACCAAGAAAGAAUAGCAACAACGAUUACGACAGCGCCGAUACCUGUGCCACGCUAUCAUCAUGCAUCCAGUCUAAAUGUCGAAAACAAUGAAAUCUAUGUUGUGGGUGGUCGAGAUUUUCAUGGGCAGGUGCUAAAAGAUAUUUGGAAGCUCUCGUUACGAUCAAUGAAGUGGCACCGACUAUACCAACUCGAGCAUCAUCGGGGUUUCGCAGGUCAUGGCAUGGUCUUAUAUCGGCGUUGGCUGAUUUCUUGUUUUGGAGACGAAGGCGACGGCGCCACCACAAUUACAGGGUGCACGCUAUGCUUUGAUACCCACUCUCUGGUUGCACAAGCAUGCAGCAAUCAUGGUGAUAGUUUACCACUUGCUCGUACUGAUACUGGUUUGAGUCAGGUACAAGACAACGUUGUCAUUGUGCACGGCGGCCGCCAGCAGCAGCAACAAGGCUUUCUUGGCGACAUUUGGCACCUGGAUCUGGCUCAGACGCCCAACUUGGUUUGGACCCAAAUUGAAUCCAACUUGCCACCACGUGCUGGGCAUAGUCUUAUAUCGUUAAACGACUCUACACUGCUGCUCUACGGUGGUCAGUAUGACGACAAUCAACCUGCUCCUAUCGAGUAUAUCCAUCUUACAGGAUCGACAAAAUUAGCAACAACAACAAACAAUUUAUUGAGUAAACGAGCUGUGGCGGAUGGUGAACAACAAAAAGGAAAUCAGACAGCGACAAAUAAACAGCAAGGCCAGGAAUCUCAAGAAGGGCUAAACGGCGGUUCAGUUGCGGGAAUUGUUAUAGGUGUUUGUGCGUUUCUUGCCAUUGCCAUCGGUGUACUUGUUUGGACACGCAAACAGCAACGUCGUCGAUUGCGGUACUUCCACAACCGUGCCUCCCGAUUCAGCUUAUCCACCCCACCGCCUUCGCGUCCAACGAGCACCCGCAUGGUCAAAACAGCCAGCUUACCUGAAAUGAGCCAUAUCCAGCCUGCUGCUAGCCGACUCAGCACGCUCUCCUUUGGAUCUGAUUUCCGGAUGCCUGUGCAACAAGACCCACAGCGCGCAUCGAUUUCAUCUAUUGCUAUGCCCCAGUCCCGUUUUGAUACCCGCACAGACUCAUUCAUGGCUGGCGAAGGCGACAUUCAGAUCCCAGAACCCGUUGCCAUGACAACAACUGCACAGCAACGACGGCGCGAGAGCUCGACAAGCUUCAAACGGCUGACGCUCAACAUCCCAUCUGCGCUUCGCUCAGCAGCAGCAACUCCAAACAGAGAUGAAACCGCACCUUCACCGUCGAUCCUGAAGCGUUACACAGUUUCUGGCCUCGCCGAGCGACGGCGAUCCAGCAUGUUCGGCCUCCGUGCGUCCCGGUUCCUUCAUAUCCCUGGCAACAGCACAAAUGAUGCCUCCACAGCAGCUUCUUCAAUCAGCAAUGAGCCCAUCUCUCGUAUGUCUAUGGAUGCUCGGUCGGUGUCGUCUAUCCAGUGGGUAGGAUUCAACGAUUCAAUGGACUAUCGAGAACAGCAAUGGAACCCAACUGUGCAACUCGCCGUGACAAACCAGCAGCGACGAUCAGUUAGCAGUAGUCGACCCACGAGCUUUGCGGCCGAAAGCAUUGGGUCAUCCUCGUCACCCCGCAGUGCGGUAUUCCGCCUCAGUAACAGCACACAGCCCUACCGACUUAGCACACAAGAGAUUCAUUCCUGGGAUGAUCAAAUUAACCAGCGGGUUUUGCGCACGCGUGUGCAGCAAUCCUCGUCUUCUUCACUCCCCUCACGAGCCAUCGAGCGAUUCAAUAACUACCGUAUUAGCACCAGUAGCGAUGAAAGCAGCAUUGUUGUAGCAUCAGGGACUGCAGCAGCCCGUCAGCAGUAGAUCAUAAAGCAUAUAUAAUCACAACAACAUAUACACACCCAUAUUUUACAUAUACACAACAUAUACACAUACUACUUUUUUCUUGUCCACCUUCUGUCUGUAUACUCAUGUAUUCCCGCUUUUCUCUUUUCGCCAAUUCAUGCUCCUUCACCUGCCUUCGCAACUUUAACACUCAUAUAUACUUCUACCUGCUGUUGUAUCUAAUUGCAUUGAUAAAAAAAGACAUUGUACAGCCUUAUAUGAUUUCUUUUCCCGCCAAGCAAGCUGACGUGUGCGCAUAUCCGCAUUGGC